AACCCGGUUCGUGCAGAAAGUAAAAAGUAAAGUAAAACCCUGUGUUUGAAACCCUGAGAGUAGAAGCAGUGUUGUGAGUUAGAAGAGAAAGUGCUCAAGUGCGAAAGGGCUUCUACUCCAUAAUCAAUUAUCUAUAUACAAUGGCUUCUUCAAACAAUUCCAUAGCAGAAAACAACAAACCCAAAAAAUCAGAAACCUCAACACCUACUAGCAAAAUCAAAAAGGAAGAAGACGUAGAAAAAUCCAGUGAGAAGAAGAAGAAGAACGAGGAGAACAAAAGCAACAACAAGAGUAAGAAGCUCAAGUUCGCCAAUGGAAAUUGCAAACAAAAAGAGGAUAACGGAACGAAACACGAGAACGACGUGGAAGAAGAAGAAGGAGUAGGAGAAGAAGAAGCGAAAACGAACGUGUUUCCGAUGAAUCGAAUCAGGACGAUAAUAAAAGCAGAAAUCAGCGAUUUGCGUGUUUCUCAGGAAGCUAUAUUGGCGAUUAACAAAGCUGCGGAGAAGUUUCUUGAACAAUUAGCUCAGGAAGCUUAUGCUUGUUGUGCUCAGGAUCGUAAGAAAUAUCUGAGUUACAAUCACCUAUCAAAUGUUGUUAGUAAGCAAAGAAGAUUCGACUUUCUGUCUGAUUUUGUUCCCGAGAAAGUGAAAGCCGAGGACGCAUUAAGAGAGACAAUCUCAAGAGGGGAUAGAGGCGGUUAGGAAAUGUAAAAGCAAAGUUAAUUGAUAAUCUAAGCCUGUACUUUUCUUUAUCUGUUACAUUCUGAAAUGGAAAUAUGUUUGAUGGCGACCAAUGCUUAAGCUGUGUUUCGUCAUUUUCUUCA